GAGAGCUUCGGAUUCUCAUCAAUGGCUGCUUCUUCCAAUUAUCGGAUCAUGAUCUUCAUCCUCGCCAUUGUAGCCAUUCUUGUCCCUUCAAGUUUGGCCACGGAAUUCGUCGUCGGGGAUGACAAGGGUUGGACCAUUAACUUUGAUUACCAAGCUUGGGCUCAGGGAAAGGAGUUCCAUGUCGGUGACAAACUUGUUUUCAAGUACACAGAGAACUCCCACAAUGUGCUUAAAGUUAAUGGCACCGGCUUCCAAGAUUGCGUUGCACCUGCUGGCACUGAAGCCUUGACAAGUGGAAACGACGUUAUAACUCUUGCAACCCCAGGAAGAAAAUGGUACAUCUGUGGUGUUUCCAAGCAUUGUGAGGUUGGAAACCAGAAGCUUUUCAUAACAGUGUUGCCUCAGACACUAUUAUCUCCGGCAUCUGCACCAUGCCCAAUUUGUUUGGCCACGGAAUUCGUCGUCGGGGAUGACAAGGGUUGGACCAUUAACUUUGAUUACCAAACUUGGGCUCAGGGAAAGGAGUUCCAUGUCGGUGACAAACUUGUUUUUAAGUACACAGAGAACUCCCACAAUGUGCUUAAAGUUAAUGGCACCGGCUUCCAAGAUUGCGUUGCACCUGCUGGCACUGAAGCCUUGACAAGUGGAAACGAUGUUAUAACUCUAGCAACCCCAGGAAGAAAAUGGUACAUCUGUGGUGUUUCCAAGCAUUGUGAGGUUGGAAACCAGAAGCUUUUCAUAACAGUGUUGCCUCAGACACUAUUAUCUCCGGCAUCUGCACCGUCUCCGACUUCAGCAGCUUGGGGAUGUUCUGCAACUGCAUAUCGUGGGUGGAUCGUUGCUAUUUUUGGCGUCUUAAUGAUGGUCAUGUUUUAAUUAAUUAAAUGUUGGAAAUAUUUCAGUCAAAUUCGUUUUUAAUUAUGGUUUUUGGAGUGUAUUCAAUUCAAAGUUUGCAUUCUUGUAUUAACCUUUCUGGCCGG